GAUUGCUUAUCAAUUUUUGCUAACGUUACCCUUAUUAACUUACAUAAAACACCCAAGCACCUUCGUUUUAUUCUACAAUAUUGGAAUGCUCUUCAAUUCUUAAUAUGCUUAGACUAAACAUGAUGUUCUCUUCCUUUUUUCUUUGGCUUCUACUCUUCUUCUCUUCAUUAUUUUCUUAUGGUUUAGGAGAUAAAGCAUUUUCAGGAACAUACGGAGUGAACUAUGGUAGGAUAGCAGACAACCUACCUUCCCCAGAAAGUGUGGUUACUCUACUCAAAGCAGCAAAAAUUAAAAACAUUAGGAUAUAUGAUGUUGAUCAUCAAGUCCUUCGUGCCUUCAAAGGUUCUGGAAUUGAAAUUGUGGUUGGACUUGGCAAUGAAUUUCUCAAGGACAUGAGUGUGGGGGAAGAUAGAGCCAUGAGUUGGGUCAAAGAAAAUGUUCAACCCUUUCUUCCAGGGACCAAAAUUCGUGGCAUUGCAGUGGGAAAUGAAAUCUUGGGAGGCACAGAUAUGGAACUUUGGCAAGUUUUGCUUCCUGCAGCAAAGAAUGUUUAUAAUGCACUUACUAAGCUUGGUCUAGCAAAAAAUGUUCAAGUGUCAAGUCCACAUUCUGAAGCUGUAUUUGCUAAUUCUUUUCCUCCUUCCUCAUGCACUUUUAAGGAAGAUGUUCUUCCAUAUAUGAAGCCUCUCCUACAAUUCUUCUCACAAAUCGGUACCCCUUUUUUCAUAAAUGCAUAUCCCUUCCUUGCAUAUAAAAAUGAUCCACAACAUAUUGACCUUAACUAUGCCCUCUUUUUGAAAAAUCCUGGGAUUUAUGAUGCAAAGACUAAGUUGUAUUAUAGUAACAUGUUUGAGGCUCAGGUUGAUGCAGCUUAUGCUGCAUUGGAGAAGGUUGGUUUUGACAAGAUGGAGGUUAUUGUUUCUGAGACUGGUUGGGCUUCUCACGGGGAUGAGAGUGAGGCUGGUGCAACAAUAAAGAAUGCAAGGACCUACAAUCGUAAUUUGCGCAAGAGGUUACUCAAGAAGAAAGGAACCCCUUAUAGGCCCAAAAAAGUGGUGAGGGCUUAUGUCUUUGCCUUGUUUAAUGAGAAUUUGAAGCCCGGCCCAACAUCUGAGAGAAACUUUGGAUUGUUUAAGGCUGAUGGAAGCAUUUCAUAUGAUAUUGGCUUCACUGGGCUUGUACCCUCUUCGGCAACUUCAUCUUUCCUUUCCUUUAAGGGUAUUGGAUCCUCGUCAAUGGUGAUGGCUUUUACAAGCUUUGCAGCUUUUCUUUUUGUAGCAUUGUAAUUGAUCAUAAGAUUAAGGUACAUGUGAAUUCGGUGAUUCUUUGGAUUCUGUAUCAGUUUUCUGUAUUUUCAAGUUGUGGAGUUUUCAUAACAAAGCUGUAACAUAAUGUAUAGCUGAUUAACUUUGUAUUCUUUAUUAACACUCUCAACAACGUACCAUAUAUUUCUGUAUUUAUGCA